CAUUCUAUACUUGGCGUGCAAGCUUUGUGUAAACAGUGUUUAUUCAUACGUGGAAUAAGAAUGAUACUUCUCUCUGAAGGGAUUAAAUAUCAAGCAAUAAAAGGUCUAUGAAUAUUUAGCAACAAUUAAUCAUGAGUUUUGAAAACUGGAUACUUAUGACGAAGAUGCCCACAAGCCAAAUGUACUUGUUUGCUGUUCUGUUCAUACUUGUGCGAGACGUUGGAAAUAGAAGUGAAAAACAGACCACAAUGACAGAAGCACUUGGAGGGGGUCUCGGUGGAGGCGUUGUGGGGCUUAUAAUCCUUGCAAUAAUUGCUAUGCUUUGGUUUCGUAAAAGGGGAAGGUCGAACACGGAACGCAAUAAUUCACUUCAUGACGCCCGAAAAGAUUAUGACACAGUGGAUGCUAAUUUGCGUGAGGUUGAGCUCAAUGAUCUUAGGUAUGAGGCUCUUCAAGGAACAGAUGUUCACACGAUGGAACAAACAACUGACUAUUCAAACGUCUCUGAACAUGUAAACGACAACAUCACAUACCAAAACGUUCGUGGCGGAUCACUAUCUGAUUGAGUCUUAACACAGAAAGACAGUGUUUCCAAUGGUGAUGGCAGCAACUGUGAUCAGACGAAAGUAAAACAGGACAGACACGGAAAAUAAUUAUUUCUUAUAUUGUAAAUUCAAGUUUGCAAGUCAUAUAUUGUAUGAUAUUAUUUUAUGUAAAUCCGAAUUGUUCAACAUUUCUUAGUACGUAUACUAUUGCAUGUACUGUAAUUCGUUAUCAACAUCAUAAUACAUGUUGACGGUUAAACAGACAUAGACUUCGUUCCAGUGAAAAAGUGAUUGAUAUAUAAAACAAAUUUCAUGUAUUUUUAUUCAGAGCCAUAUAUAAAACCAAUGUAUU